GCGGGAGCAGCGGAGCGGAGCGGGACGGGGAGGGCGGCCGGGCUGCCCCCGCAGCCGCUCUCGCCAUGGCCCGCCAGCUGAUCGGCCCCGCGCUGCCGCCCGGCUUCCCGCGCCGCGCCGAGGCCGAGCCGGGCGAGGACUUCAGCCAGGUUGCAGGACCAGCACUCCCUCCAGACUACAAAAGCAGCUGUAGCUCAGAAACUCCUGACAGUGAUGAUGACUCAGAAUCUCUUCCUCUACCCAGAGAUGCAAACAGAGAUUCUGAAGAAGAGACAGAAGGAGAUCCAGCACCCAAGAAGCCAAAAAGAAUUCAUGAAGACGAUGAUGAUGAUGGCUUUUUUGGGCCAGCUCUUCCUCCUGGAUUUAAAAAACAGGAUGAUUCUCCAGAGAGGCCCAUUAUAGGCCCUGCAUUACCACCUGGCUUUAGGAAACCCUUAGAGGACACCAGGAGUAGCAGAUGUCUCAUAGGACCUUCCGUUUCAUCAGAAUCCCGUCCCCAGCUAACAGAUAGUAGCGAGGAUGAAGACAAUUUUAUAGGCCCAAUGCCUGCAAAAGGACCAGUGGAAUCUGAUGUGGCUCAGGAUUUUGAACGCAGAGCUCAGAGAAUGAAAGAAAAGCUUACUUCAGCAGACAGCGAUGAGCCCAAACAAGUUGCCAGGGAAUCAUGGAUGACAGAGCUUCCACCUGAGUUGAAAAGCUUUGGAUUUGGCCCAAGAACAUUCAAGAGACGAGCUGAUGACAAAUCAGGUGAUAGAUCUAUUUGGACAGAUACUCCAGCUGACAGAGAGAGAAAAGCCAAGGAAAGAGAAGAGACAAAAAUGUCAAGCAGCAAGGAUAAUGAAGAAAUAGUAUUAUCUGGAAGGGACAAGAGGCUUAUUGAGCAGGUGACUUCAUACAAUGAGUCAAAGAGGUCAGAGUCUCUCAUGGACAUACACCAGAAAAAGCUGAAGAGCAAAGCAUCUGAAGAAAAGAGCAAACCUCAGGAAAGAAGGCCAUUUGACCGAGAGCAGGAUCUCAAAGUCAAUCGCUUUGAUGAAGCACAAAAGAAAGCUCUUAUAAGAAAAUCCAGAGAUCUGAACAGUAAAUUUGAGCACAGUAAAGGCAACAUGUUUUUAUAAGAUGAAAGCAUUAAGCUUUUUUGAAGUGAAGUAAAUUAAAAUUUGAAUAGUUAAUUUUUGUAAGUAUUUUUCUGUAAAUAUUUGUAUGCAAAAUAAAUAUCCUGAUGUUUAACUAUUUUUCCUUGUCUGUAAAUACCCUCUUAGAUCUGUAAGUACCCUCUGUAUUAAAACUAAACUGUUAAAGGAAAGUCCUGGUAUAAAAAACAAAAAUAUGAAUUUGCUACUUUAAAACUUUGAUACGAUAUUUUUUUUUCUUGUUAGCAUAAAAAAAUUAAUUAAAAUAGGGGUUUUUUUUUAAGGAGCUCUAGAUUUAAUCUUGCAAGGGGGUUGGCACUUUUCCCUUUUCUCCUGCCAUGCUGAAGAUACUCUUUCUGAGCCUGACCUGAAGGCCGUGAAAAAAUCACCUUUAUGUGCAGAACAUUGCCUGACUGGAAUUCCCACUGGGGAGUAUAAACUCAAAUGGCAGCUUUUACAUUUGCCUAGUGCUUUCAUUUCUGUGAUUCUAUGUCUGUACAUAAAUACAGGUUUAUAUGUAUGCAGUAUAGUUUCUGUACUAUAGCAGAAAGAGCAGGAGUAGUAAAACCUCAAGGUUUUCAGAGUUAGUUGUAAAAUGGUAGUAUAUGAGAAGAGAAAAUCUAAUUUGAGUUUCAAUCUGUAGGGAUUGUCAUCAGAAAUCCAUCUUUUUUUAAGCACAUACAAGGUGAAAAUCAAAAGAAGGCUUAUUUUGUCCAUUAAUUUGCAUACCAGAACAGCUCUUCUGUAAGGAAGGAAAUAAAUCUGACAUUUGAAAAAGUGUACAUUCAUGUUUAGAUUUCUUUACCUCUUCUGUGGGUGAGCAGCAGAAAGGGUUGUUAAACCUUGCAGUGGGCUGCUCGGAGAGGUGGUGGAGUCAGCAUGCCUGAAGGUGCUCAAGAAACUACUGGAUGUGGCACUUGAUGCUUUGGUCUACAAGGUGGUCAUUGGUCAAAGGUUGGACUCAAUGAUUUAGAAGUCUUUUCCAACCUAAAUGAUUCUGUGUUAAUUAUUUAAAAUUAGACCCGUAUUUUUGCCCUUUGUCUCAAAUGUUUAGGAUCUUUCUUAAGCAGUUUCUUAAGGUAUCUAUACGUGGAAACAAUUUUAUAUAUGAGAUGCUGGCAAUUUGUUUGGAAAUAUAAAUACUGUGGGGUUUGCUGUAAUUUGAAAAAAAUUCCUGUAAUUUGGAAAAAGGCUACCCUGAGAGAUGGUGUCUGGGUUACUUCAUGUUUAAUAGAGUGGUGACCUAACAAGCUCCAGAAAUGAAUAGUUAAAAACUUGGUGUUAUUUUAUUACAUUUGUGUGUGAGCUGGAGACACAGGCUUCAUGUGCUGAGAAGUCUUGGAGAGUUUCCAAUAUUGCAAAUGAGUGCUUAUGUGGAAUGUAUUUAGAUACCUUUUUUUUUUUUUUUAAUGGACAAUUUAUUUUGCCAGCUGAAAAAUCUGCUGCCUUCAGGAGAAAGAGAGAUUGAUUUUGUAUUGUCUUCACUUUUUAUCAGUUUUCAGUUUCUGAGCCUUCUGUUUUGAGGUGAAAGGAGGGUUUAAAUAGGGGCUAUUUAUUUUUCUUCUGAUACAGACUUCUAUUGCCUCAUACUUUUUUAAUUCAACAAGGCCUCAUUAAGAUUCUACUUUCUUCACUAAUGUACAUUUCUUUAUUGGACAAGCAGUAUUAGAAAUGUCUGGGAUUUUUUUAGGCAACUGAAGCGAUGACAGGGUGAGCAUAACAUGACUAGCUAAAUCUUCACAGCUGAGAAAAAGAUUACUUGAUGAGCACAUCAUGCAGUCCUUGCUCAUUCAAAGUCUGGAGCAAGGAUGAGGGCUGCUUUUAUAAAAAUUUUGUUGUUGUUGUUGUUCUGUGCUGUUUUGAUUUUUCUUCUUGGAUCCGGUGGCCAGCUCCAGUUGGCUUCCUGCUGUUUGCUCUCUGCCCUGCCUGGCCCCAUCAUGAUCUCCUGCCCUGUCCAAGGCCAUGUUUGAGAGGAGGCUCUGAAGUGUUGCUCAAGAGGAGAGCUCUCAUAACAGGGGUGCAGCAGCCCCUUUGCCAUUGUGCACUACUCUUCCAUCUGUGGGACACGUGGUUCUAAUUAAUGAAGCCUUGGUGUGUGCUGGGAACUUGGUUUUGACUCUUCUAUUUUUUCCCCCCACCCUGCGGCAGCUUCUUAGAGAUUUGAUGAUAUCAGUGUUAUGAACUUGAGGUGGGAAAGUGGAAUUGUUGGGAGUUCAAGUUAAGCUUUUCAUUACUUUGUGUAAAUUGCAUGAACUGCUCUGACUUAAUACACAAACUCAUCUCUUACUCAUGCCAAGCCAUUCCCUCAAAUAGUCAUUAGAACAAACAGUAACUCAGUGAAUUACAAGCUCUGUAAGCUUUUAUGGGAAAAGAUGAGACAUCUACAAGUUGGACAAGUUGUAAAGUGUUUCUGCUGAAAUGUUAGGAGGUGUUUUUUCAGAAUCUCAUUUGAAAAACCAGAAUCUAUUUCACAGAGAAUCUUCACCAUAAUUACUAUGCAGUGUUUCUGGUAACCAGCUCCCAACACAGAUCUAAUGUAUGCUAUUGCUAUUCUGCAGUGCCAGCCCAUGUCACGACAUAUUGACUCCAGGCAUAUCAGGAAAUCCUGUUUUGUGAAAAAAUAAUGUCAAGGAGGUUUUCCUGGAUGUGAAAAGUCUACCAGCCUAGAUUUUAGUGUGCUUGCCUUUGAUUUGUGCUGGUGUAGACGUCCUUUAUCUAUACUAGUGUUGAACAUUCCUGGUCAAAAGAGAGGUCUCCCGCCUUCUGAAAUGUUAAAUAGGUGUGUAAUUCAUAGUACAGUCAAUAAAAAGCAGGUUUUGUAGUAGGCGUAUGAUAAAUUGGGUGUUUAAAAGGAAUUUUAAGGAACAUUUUAUGUUAAUAAAAAAAGAAAAGGAAGAGAACUGAAAAACAAUUGUUGAGUUUGCUGUUACCAAGGAACAAUUAAAAGCAAUAAAGACAUUUCAAGAAAGCUUACUAAUUUUUUUUUUAUGUGUCUUCAGGACAAAUAGAUUGACCUACCAUGCUGUCUGAGAUGGCAAAUUUUGUUAGAAUAUGAUACAGUAAUACCUGGCUAAAAUCUCUGUCUCUGCUCUUCCAAUGCAAACACCUAUUUGUGGUGUUAUUUUUUGCUUUUCCUGUUGUAGAACGGAUAUUUGUGGAUCCCCUGUGCAUGUUGGCUUUCCUGGGAUGACUGCAUUACCCAAAUAAUCAACAUCAAUAGAAAUGUCUUUUAUUUAGGGCUUUGAUGGCAUCAUAUUGGUAGCACCAAAAUGGCACUGUAAAAAUAUCUAUCUCCCGGAAAGAAAUAUUGAGAUGAAAUAUUGACAUAUUUCUGUCCAAUAGGAAAGGGGAUUUUCUGCAGAAUGCUCCAGAAGAUUCUGAGAGUCCAGGACUAACUGAGCUCGAAACGUGAAUUUGUUGUUAUUUCUGUCCAGCCAAUUGUAAAUCACAUGUUGAUUUAAGUCAUAUAGCAUUAAAAAUCAGAAUCUGAAAACUUUCUGUGCAUGCAUCCUCAACUCCUGCCACCCACCUUGCAUACAGUGCAUAUAGUUUCUAACUGCAUAAUUACCUAAUUCUCAAAUAAAAAAUGUGCAUGUGUUUUCCUGUCCUUA